AUGAAAAUAGAAUCAAUUCAACCCAAAGCUUACUUUGACAUCAGUAUCAAUUCAGAGUCAAUUGGGCGUAUUGUACUAGAACUAUAUGAUCAACAAGCUCCAAAAUCAACUGCACGUUUCCUCACGUUAUGUCGUGGUGGAGCCAUAGAUGAAAGUUGUCAAACUUAUAAAGGCGCCCAUUUCAAUAAGGUGAUUAAAAACUUUAUCAUACAAGCACAAAAGAAUAGUAUUGGCCAACCGGAAAACAAGAAUGACAACACCAAGCUUCUUCAAGAAGAAAAUUUAUGUGAAAGUUGCCCCACAUUUAGUCUCUGUUGGGCCAAUAGUGAACUGCAACAAACCAGUGAUCAAUUCUUCAUCACCACUUAUCCUCAGCCUCAUUUGGCAAAAAAACAUACAGUAUUUGGAUGUGUGAUACAUGGAAAAUCAGUGGUAAGGGAAAUCGAGAGGGUUGGUGUUACUUCACAAUACGAACCUACUGUGCCCGUCGUUAUUGAUUCUUGUGGCGUUUGGGAUGAGUCCAUGGAUGUCCCAGUCUUUAAUGCUAGCUAUGACCAAGCGGGUGGCGAUAUUUAUGAAGAGUAUCCAGAUGAUGACAAAACAAUUGAGGAAGACUCUACAGAAUCUGCUUUCACGGCUGUUGAGCGUAUCAAAGAGAGUGGGACAAUCUUGUUUAAAAGGGGUGACAAGAAGCAAGCUCAUUUGAAAUGGAGAAAGUGUUUGCGUUAUAUUGUUGAGUUUGAUCCAGAUCAGGAUCAAAAUCCUGAGUAUUUCAAAAAGUUUAGAGAAUUGAAAAAAAAGGUUUAUUUGAAUUUGAGUUUGGUAACUUUACAAUUGAAACAGUUUGGCGAUACAAUCAAAUAUUGUACUUUUCUCUUGGAGUUGGAAGAUGUUUCUGACCAGGAAAGAGCUAAAGCUUAUUUCAGAAGAGGUCUUGCUUACUUUGAGUCGCAUAAAUUGGAAUCAUCACUUGUUGAUUUGAGGGAGGCACAAAAUCUUGUUCCCAAUGAUGAUCUUAUACUGAAGAAGUUGCAAGAUGUGGAAUCUGCAUUGGAAAGAGAGAAGCAAAAGGAAAAGUCGAAGUAUGCAAAGUUUUUUGGGUAA